AUAACUUUUUUCGCGGAAGUGUGCCUUGCCUUGUAGUCCGUGUUAACAGCUUUUUCCAUGUACAGGAUAAUUUGGCAGUAGGCUAAUGUAGUAAUGUAGUGAGGAGUUGAGCAGGCAGGCAGACCCGUUUUCAAUGCCUGAACAUACUUGACUGACCCCACAUUGCGUUCGUUCGUCCAAAGCAGAUCAACAGCGGUAGCGAAAGAUUAGUAGGGGCAGCAAUGAAAUUGAAAGAGCUAGAAAGUUGCCUCCAGCAAGUGGACGUGUUCGAGAAACCAAAAAUUCUACUUGAACAGUAUCCAACAAGCCCUCACAUAGCAGGCUGCAUGCUUUACACCAUCCAUAACACAUUUGAUGACAUUAAGGGUAAGCUGGUUGCAGAUUUGGGUUGUGGAUGUGGAGUCCUCAGUAUUGGAGCUGCAGUGCUUGAUGCAGGGUUAUGUGUUGGUUUCGAAAUUGACGAAGACGCAGUGGACAUAUUCAAAGGAAAUGUUGAAGAGUUUGAACUCUCAAACAUGGAUGUGGUCCAGUGCGAUGUAUGUUCUCUUGAAACAAUGUCAUUUGCAAAAAAAUUUGAUACAGUCAUUAUGAAUCCUCCUUUUGGCACAAAACAUAAUCAAGGUAUUGACAUGAAGUUUUUGAAGACUGCAAUAACCAUGGCAAAAACAGCUGUGUAUUCUCUUCACAAAACGGCAACACGGGAACAUAUACAGAAAAAGGCCAAUGACUGGAAUGUGAAAAUGGAAGUAAUAGCAGAGCUAAGAUAUGACUUGCCUGCAUCAUACAAGUUCCAUAAAAAGAAAUCUGUUGAUAUUCAGGUGGACUUCAUCAGAUUCUCACUGAAAUGAAGUCUGGGCUUGGAGCGGUUGGUUUCUUUUGUUUGUUUUGUUUCUAAUAUGUGAUGUAUCAUGACCUUGAUUUUAAUGAACAGUUAAAAAUAUACCAGAUUUUCCAUGCAAAAGCCA